UCUAUAAAGUGAGUUAGUGACGGAAGAGCGGCUGCUGUGCUGUGAGGAGUGACUGCUGUUUGCGCAACUGUUGGUGGUGAGAGCAGUCUGACAUCGCUGGGAGGAAAAUGUACUGUCGGUUGAGACAACAAACAUUAUUAAUGGCAGAAGAUUACAUCGGUUUCUGCAGCGGGAUCCAACAGACACCUCCCAGUGAGUCAGCAGAGGCCAUGAGAUACCUGGCCAAAGAGAUGGAGCAGCAGUACAGAACCAAAUUCCAAUCUUUCAUCAAGGAAUUACUGGACAGCUGCGGAUCAGAUCCCAGCAAGUGUCUGCAGAGUGUGAUGAGGGAAGUGGUGGUAGAUGGGAAACUGAACUGGGGGAGGGUGGUCUCCAUCUUUGCCUUCACUGGAGUGCUGGCCAACGAGUUGAUCUCCAGAGGAGGGAAUUGCGAGUGCUCCCGGAGACUGGCUGAGACCAUAGCGGACUAUCUGGGAGGGGAAAAGCAAGACUGGCUGAUUGAAAAUGGAGGCUGGGAGGGUUUCUGCAGGUUUUUCCACAAUGCGAGACCACUGAACCAAGAGUCGUCGAUGAAGACUGCACUGUUCGCAGCGGCAGGAGUGGGUUUAGCUGGUCUAACCUUUCUCUUAGUACGCUAAAAUUUUAGUUGCUCUUCUCUUUUAACCAUGCACCCACAUCUGCCC